AUGGCUACAAAGCUAGGUGUAGAUCCAACAACCUGGGGCUACGCAGGGAAAAAUACGUGCGAGAAGCAGGAAUCGUCGCAAUAUUGCACACGCCCGGAGCAGGGCGGCUGGCACCCCGGCCCCGAGACAUGCGACUACUUCAAGUCCCUCGAGGUGAAGCUGUUUCUCGGAAACGGCAUCUCUGGCUUCGACGGCGCCGGCACCUUUGACGAUCUCGUCAUCGAGUUCGGCAACAGCCACCAGACAAUCCUGGUCCAUCCCUCCAAGGGCGAGGAGUCCACAAAACCAAUCGACCUCGAGAAGGCCUUUGGCUUGAAGCGAGUCAAGGUCGAGGAUGUCAAAUCGUUCAAAGUAUACUCACAUCGAAUAGGCAUCUCCAUCACCGCGACAUGCGACGAGUCGUCGCGAAAGGUCAUCAUAAACAAGUACGACGACAUUUACGACUGGUUCAACCGCUUCGGCGACAUUACAGGAAACGAACCAUCCCACUUCACAGGCAGCAUUGCCGUAAGCGACUGGAAGUGGCAGCACCCCGACGAAAAGACGGACACCAUCGCCGUCAUGCCCAUCGGGCAGUCCAACGCCUGCACCAAGUUCAAGUCGAUGGAGGCGCACCUGGAACUCGGCUCGGGCAUCUCCGCCCUGACCGCCGGCACCAACGACGAGCUGGUGCUCGACUUUAGCAACGAAAUGUUCCCCAAGCACGUCAUCCUGCUCGCCACGGCCCCCUCGCACGGCGACGUCAUCGACAAGACGCUUGACCUCCAGAACGAGUUUGGAAGCUCUCCCGUUUCCGCCCUGGACGUUCGCCAAGUCAUGCUCUACUCGAGGGAGGGUAAAAGCCACUGGGCUGACCCGUGGCAGGUCGCAACUUUUGAACUGAGGGCCAAGUGUGAGGGGUCUUCUAGGAGUGUGGUGGUUACCAAGUGGCGCAAUAUAGACAAGUGGUUUGAUCGAUUUGAGGGACCUUCGGCGCUGAGCGGAGAUUUGGCUCUCAAGGACUGGCACUGGGCGUGA